AUGCCCUCACAACCCUCGAAUUCCGGUAUCGUCACCGACGAGAAUAGCGGCGACCGUGAGAUUCCCCAGUCCGUACGCGCAGAUGGUAGUACUCGCAGAGCCAUCAAGAUUCGCCCCGGCUACCGCCCUCCUGAGGAUGUCGAAGUCUACAAAAACCGCACCGCCGAAGCCUUCCGCGAACGCGGCAAGAAAAUCGGCAUUCCCGGCGCCGCAGGAGUAAAGGAAGAGAGCUCCGAACAAAGCUCGGCAGCUAGCAAUAAGAACGCCAAACGCCGCGAGGCCCGAAAAAAGGCGAAGGCUACAGAGGGCGAUGCCCCCGCUCCAGCCCAAGAGACCAAAACUGAUGAGGUCGAUCCCGAAGUCGAGCGCCAGAAGAAAGCCCGAAAUCUUAAGAAGAAGCUGAAGCAGGCCAAAGACCUCAAGAACAAGAAGGAGGAUGGUGAAGCACUACUUCCCGAGCAGAUCGCCAAGGUUAUCAAAAUCAACGAGCUCAUCCGAGAGCUAGAUGCUCUAGGCUUCGAUUCUGAAGGGGAACCUAAGGAGGCAUCCCCAGAAAACGACGAUGAGAAGAAGGAAUGA